UCACACACCCUCCCUCUCCUCCCUCCACCCGCCCCGCCUGCGCACUCACGCUCACGCUCACUCACGCGGAGACUCGCUCAUGUGUCGAGUUCUCCGUAUGCUGUGGCUGGAAGAGUGACUGCGGCGGAUGCUGUGGUGAUGUGACGAAGUGAAGAGAGAAUGGCACCGAAAGGCGGGAAAAAAGGAGGCAAGAAGAAGGGAGGCAAGAAGAAGGAUAAAGGAGAGGAAGAGGAAGAAGGAGAGCAGAAGGAAGCCAUAUCAGAAUUGGACAAACAUUUUUACCUCAAUCAGAUUCACGGACUGGAGGUCAAGCUGAAGCGAGCCACCAUCCGCUGCGAACAGCUGGUGGAGGCGGAGAGCCACGCCAGAGGCCAGUAUGACCUUCUCAUGCGAGACAAGACCGACGUGAUCAACUUCCUCAAGGCCAGGCUGUCCUCGACCAGCGACGAGGUGGAGGAGUUGCGGAGUCGCUUAGCAGGACUGGUGAAGGCAAAAGAGGCGGAGCAGCAGCAGUACGAGGAGCGACUGGCCACCCUCGCCAAGGACGCUGAGAACACCCGUCUGGACCUCAACGACAAGAUCAUCGCGCUGACCCGAAAGCUGGAGAGCCUCGAGGAGUUCCGGCAGCACAAGGAGGAGCUGGAGGGCAAGCUGUCGGCCCUGGAGGAGGAGCUCGCCACCAGCAGGGAGGAACACAAGGAAAAGGUAAGUUACUUGGAGAGAGCGUCGCUGGUGGAAGCGGCUGCUCAGCGCGCUGAACUGGAGGCCCGCAUCACCAGGAUCACCGAAGACCUGCGCCGUGCCGCCCAGACAGAGAUGCACUCCACCACACGCCGCGCCCUGCAGGAGAACGAGGCUCUCACCCGCCAGCUGGAGGUAUUCCGCUCCCGCAUCACCGCCCUUAGAACAGACAACAACAAUCUGCGGGACGCUCUCUCCGACUCACAGGUGCGCGAGGGUCUACUGCAGGACACAGUGAGGCAGGUGACGGCGCGGGGGGAGCGGCGCGCUAGGCUGUUGCAGGCGGUCACCGAGAAGGCCGAGGAGCAGGCCCGCGUGUGGAGGGACUACCAUCGCCUGGCUCGGGACAACACCCAGCUUCGCCGAGACCUGCAGGCUGUUCAGAGUGAGGUUGACAGCGCCACUCAGACAGCCUGCGACCUGCGACAACGUAUGGUAGAGAAGGAUGUGGCGCUGGAGCUGACAGCCUGCCACCUUCGUCAGCAGGAGGCAGCUCGCUCCACCUUGCAGGAGGCCAUCACGUCAGCCUUGUCCCUGCUGCACCAGGCUGCCUUUCAGAGCGAGACGACGAAGGAAGUAGAGGCCACAGGUGCCAUCCUGCAGCAGCUUGUUACGCUGCUCACCUCAGCAGAGCAGGCUCAGCUGUAUGCCACAACCGAGCCUGCACAUCCGUCCCCACCCACAGUGGCUCAAGGCGGUGGUGGGCGUGACGACGACGUCCAGAAGGAGGGUCGUCGGGAAGGCAGCGGGCAAGUCCAAUACCGUGCCGGAGACUUGGGUCUGCUGCCGCGCCCUUCACGUAAAGCGCGCUCCACCACACCGGACUAAUGACCAUCCAUAAACAUAAAAUCAGAGCCAAUACCAGCCGCGACUGAGUACAUGAAGGGAUGUUCCGUUGUGUCUGUCCCCACCCAGCCAGCAGCCAUCGUGCGCCUCUUAGGCUGUGGGAAGCAAUGUGACGCAUGGCAUGCUGCGACGUCACGAAUGGUUUACAGUGCCAUAAUAUCACGAAUAGUUUACAGUGUCAUAAUAUCACGGAUGGGUCACAAUAUCAUUGUCACAAAAUGUUUCCGUUUAAAUUUGAAGAGGAAAAACUUUUUUGUUUUAGCAGUUUGUUUCCUUUCUUUAAUAUUUCUUUUUUUCUUUCCCUUUCCUUUCACUUUCACUCGUCUUUACUUGUGCCAAAUAGUAGCUGAUAACUUUGCCAAACAUUCUGAACUGGACGGGUUGACGGAUGCUCAACACGCUUCAGUGACUGAGUGCCCUACGUAUGUGCAGUGCUUUCUUCUCUCUCUCGUGCAUCAGCGAUAGAGUCAAAGAUGAUCAAGCCUCAGACUGUCAGUUAAUGUAUUUACGUGCGUGUGAACUCCAAGCAUUACUUUAUGAGUCUCUCUCUCUCUCUCUCUCUCUCUCUCUCUCUCUCUCUCUCUCUCUCUCUCUCUCUCUCUCUCUCUCUCUCUCACACACACACACACACACAUACACACACACACACAAGACCAGCUCUGCCGCAUUUGUUUAUAUUGGACUCCCGACGACAAGUUCAUACACUCAAGCAAUGCACACUUGUGUACUACCUCUCUCUCUCUCUCUCUCUCUCUCUCUCUCUCUCUCUCUCUCUCUCUCUCUCUCUCUCUCUCUCUCUCUCUUGCACAAGACCAGCUCUGCCACAUUUGUUUAUAUUGUAGUCCCGCCGACAAGUUCAUACACUCACGCAAUACACACUUGUGUACUACUCUCUCUCUCUCUCUCUCUCUCUCUCUCUCUCUCUCUCUCUCUCUCUCUCUCUCUCUCUCUCUCUUUGUAUAAUACUACAGUCAUCAUUUUCAGAACACCUUGUUAGACUCGCACUCCAGUAAGCAGUCACCUUCCCUGGAAGAAUUUACCAACACUCAAGCUCUUCUACCUCUGGGUAAGCUCAUAGUUCACAUUGUCGAUAUACUCAUUCCCAUAAACUAGCAUGUCAAACAGGUAUAAAGAAAGAGGAAGUAAACUGAAAGAGGAAGAUAGAAUACUGCACAUUUAUAUGACAAACAUUAUUUUACCUUUUAUAGUUACCAUUCUCUUUACUUCGUUCCCUGCUAAUUGCGGUAACUGGAGUACGCGUCUAACUUUUAUUCCCUCGGGCUGAGCAAGAAAUGGAAAAGAGCAAGGGAGAGAAAUUAUGAACGAGCUUAUGGAUUAAAACUUUAAAAAAUAAUAACAGAUUUAUAGAAAUCAAGUGAUGAGUGAGAACAUAGUGCAGAGAACACACUGAGAGAGAGAGAGAGAGAGAGAGAGAGAGAGAGAGAGAGAGAGAGAGAGACCUAAGCACGUAAUUCCUUGUUUACUCAUCAGAACUGUCUUCAAAGAUAUCAGAGGUGAGCAGUCGGAUUCUCAUGAGUGUUUCACAUACUGUUAAUGCAGAAUCCUAGUUGAACUAUCAUUAUAUAGAACCAUGAAAGUUUCCUUGAAAAUUCUAAUAAUUUCCACCAGAGCCUGUUAAAAGUAGUAGAGAUAAGACGCAGAAGUGUUUAAGGAUACCUGGCAUUAGUAAACUCUGGAACUCCC